GGGUUCGCGCUGGUCGCAUGCCUAGUCGGUACGGAACUAUUUCCAUGGUCGACAGCACUUGGCGACUCGUCAACUUGUCCAUUUUCACAGGGCCACGCUUUAAAUAUUGGAAGGGAACUCCCGAUGUUGCCCAAAUACCGAUAAGAAAUGUCUGGGAAGAAAAAGCAAAACGGCGGCCCCGUACCCUCGGGGCAAAAACCGCCGAGUAAACAACACGAAAGCCGUGAAACAGACAUCAACCAAAAUGACCGAAUAGCUGUGAUGGAAAUAAUCAAAUACUUCAAACGUGAAAGACAUCAAAUAAUGGCGAUGCUGAAGGAAAGCAGGGAACAUUUUGAAACCUUGGAAAUGAACAAGCGCUCAAUUCACUCAGAAGUGGAUGCGGUUCGACAGGAUAUUAACAAACACUUGGAUACCCUUGAAGCCAAGCUUCGGAGAAACUUGGACGAAAUUCAUAAGGAGGCUGCUAAGGAGUGUCAAUAUCGCAUCGCAGAGUUAGAGGCCCGCCAAAGUGCAAUACAGGAAUAUCAGCGAAGACUUGAAAACGUGAUCAAAUUCUGGUCUCAGAGACGAGAUUCGGAUCUAAGUGCCAUACAAACGUUCUACGAAAAGAUACUUCAGCACAGAUUGGACACAGCCAACAAGUGCUAUGAAUACGAAUUCCAAAUCAACGAGAAAAUAGACAACUUGAAAUCCCUCAUUAAGCAUUUCGGGAGCGUUCGAUUGCACUGUUAUGCGAACUCCUUCGAUGAUUCUGGUGUACGCGACAUCCAAAGUCCCCAGUUUGACCAAAGUUUGGAAGACUGUACUGCGUCGGUGACAAAUUCCUUCUCUAUAUGUGAGGACCCGAGUUCUAAUAUCGGAGGGUGCACUUAUCUCUAUAACGGACUUUUAAUGAUUGGAAACCGUCUGAAGAAUUCAUUACAACAGUACGACCCAAACGGAACCUUAACCGCGGAAUUGCCAUUAGCAGGGAAGCCGUGGGACGUGUGUCUGGUCAAUCCCUUCACGGUGGGCGUGUCCCUCCCCUCCAACAAGCCGUGGAACAUGUCCUACGUGUCCACUAUAGCCAUCGUCGAUACCAUUCACAUGAAGACAGUCAAAGAAAUCACGAUUCAUUCCAAAAUCUACGGCGUGGCGUACGGCGAGGAGAAGUUUUACGUGGCGUGUGUGACAGAAGUGAAGAUACUGAACCUGAAGGGGGAGUCGGUACACGUGAUCAGGGUCCCUAACGCCUGUAUCCGUCAGGUGUGUACCGACAAAGGGAGGCUAAUGUUCUCCGACUGGAACCAUAACUCUAUACAGUGCUUUGGUCGAGAUGGUAUCGAAGUUUUUACCUUCACUCACCCUUUGAUGAAGGGACCGGUGGGGAUCUCCGUGGACUACGAAAAUAAUAUCUACGUCACCAGCUUCAUCUCCAACAAUGUCCACCAGCUGACUCCGGACGGUCAGCUGAACCGAAUCCUGCUGAACAAGGACGACGGAAUCAAGGAGCCGAGGGCCAUCUGUCUACAGAAGUACAACAACCGAUUCGUCGUGUGUGACAGCACCGGCGUCAAACUGUGCGAACUACUCUCUAGUUCAACGUAACGUCACCAGAAUACUGACAUCAUGUAGCAUAGCAGCAUGAGGCACGAAUUGAUGAUUUGGCAGCAAGGAUCAAUUGCAGCAUAGCAAAUCAUAAACGGAAACACAAUGGAGAAAUAGUAAUGGAAUUUCCUGCGCUCAAGUGCUACUUCAUAGUGAUAUACAUAUCCUGUACAUGUAUAACAUACAAAUGUAUGCAUGUGUUUCGUCAAUUAUGUGCCGAAGUAAGGGUUAAAAGGUACUCGUAUUAACUACAAAGUGCAGCAUAUACAUAAUACCUAGGUAUACAGAACCUAUUCUCCGUCAGAAACUAGUGCAGCAUAGCCAGUAAUAUAAAUAAUCGAAUGUGUAGCAUAUGUAGCAUAAUAAAUCCACACAGAUUUUACUGCAACGUGCAGUAUGACAGUAUACAUGUGCAAUGUGUAUACGUCAAGCAUAGCCGUUCAUAAGGAAAAACCGUUAAAUUUCAUUCAUCAAAAAUUCGGAUUUAACACAAAUUAUACUUGUAUGAUGUAUAUUACUGUGUACGGUAUAUGUACCAGGUUUAAAGUUCAGCGUAGAUAAAUUAUGGAUUAAGAAUCUACGAAAAAAAGUGGCAAAUUGCUGCUCAGUGUUGCUGAAGAAAGACAUUUGUGAAUGUGAAGCUAUCUAGGAUACUCAGGGAAGAAAAUGAUUUGGAUCAUUCUUGAGAUUUUUUUAUACAUGUAUUUACUUUAUUCAGUGCAUGCAAUUGAUUUGCUUUUAUCUUGACAUUAAACUAUUUUUAAUAGAGUAGAAAA